AUGACAGAGAUGCUGCAGCAGGAGUCAGACGAGGAGCAGAGGAACAGAAGACGCAGAGGAUGCAGCGGAGAUGGCAGCAGACAGGAGGAGCAGUGGAAAACAAAAGAGGCUCCACACAGUGCUGCGUCUUAUCUGUCUGAGGCCCUUAUCCACCGGACUGUUAGUAUAACCCCUCUCCCUCCUCAUCCCUCCAUCGCUCACCCCUCCUCUCCCUGCUCCAUCCACAGGCCUCCGCGCUGCACCCACUUAUCAGCUGACGUCAGGGGGCCGCUGGAGCUGGGGGGCCGGAGACGGAGGCUGAUAGCGCGGCUGAGGCUGCCUCCACUCGGGCUGUGGGAACCAGGGACCCAGCCCAUCUCCACUCACUGGCCCCGCACGUCCAGCACGCGCACUACACAACAAGGAACAGCGGCCGGAGGUGCACUGUCUAUGGAAUCCACACUGGAGGAUGGCAUAUGGGCCCGGGCUGGUCUGGUCUGGACUGGGCUCCAAGCUGAACGAGGAUUUGUGCUACUGUCUGCUACACGACUGAAGAUGUAUAGCACGUCGACUGGAAGGACAAGGACAUAA